UGCACGUCGGGCCAGUAAUAUAACGUGCGUCGCACACAACGGUUGUGUUUGUUAAAACUUACGGUAGGAAUACGAACGAAAAACAAAAACGGGAAAAACAGGGUGUACCAUAAUAUAACCAAAUAGCAAAAAAGAAUUAAUAGAAAAUCAACCAAAAGAAAAGAAAUUCGUUUCAAAAAAUAUAAGUGACCUUGUGCUUCGAAACUUCCGAAAUUGAAAGCAUCUCAUAAAGAAAUUACUUUCGAUUAAUUAUAAAAUUUAAUAAAAAUCUUUAAAGUUUAUUAAUUCAAAAUGGUGGAAACCGUGAUUACCGUUGAACGCACCCAAACCACACAAACCGCUGCUCCCAGUGGUGGCGGCUUAAGCGCUUUAAGGAUUAACAUUGGAUAUUUCCAAACUGUUCCAGGCAUUAUAAAAUUAGUGCAAUUUUUCCUGGGCAUUAUUUGCAUGGCCUGCGCGUCACCUGCCUACAUUUCAGCCACAGCCUUCUUCCUCUUCGUUGCUGUUGUCUCAUUUAUUGCUACCUUAUUAUGGAUCUUUGCCUAUUUCUUGGGCAUUAGAGAAGCUUUGAAUGUUGCCAUCAAUUGGGUAUUUACGGAAUUCCUUAAUACUGGCAUUGCUACAAUUUUGUACUUCAUUGCCUUCAUUGUGCAAUUGGCCAAGUGGUCGGCAUACCACUCCUCGAGCUAUGGUUAUGGUUCCAAUAUUGCGGCCGGUGUUUUUGGUCUAUUCAACUUUUUGGCCUAUGCUGCCGGCACAUAUUUCCUGUACUUGGAACACAAGAGUGGCGCCACAAUUUAAGAUACAGAACAAAGCCCAAGCCAAAAGCCAACAUUUCGAAAUUUCUGCCAUACAACUAAGAAAAAUGUUAGACAAAGCUUAAAAAAUAAAAAAAAAAAACAAAACGAAAAUAAAUUAAAAUGAAAAACGAGAACAGCAGCAGCAACAGUUUAACUAAACAAAUUUAACAUACGAGUAAAUACGCAUGCGCGCUCUCCUUUUUUACACCACGGAGCGGAAACACCAAAACGCCCGCAUACAAAUGUGGCCCACAGUCAUUGUCUAGAUGCAGUUUAACUUUUCAGAAAAUCAAAAUCAAAACAAGCCCACACGAAACCAAGAACAAAAUUUUGCAAUUGAAAAACAGCGUUUAUUAAAAACAAACACACUUAAGUUCAAAUGAAAUAUUCGAGUCCCCACACCCCAUACCCCUACCAGCAACAUCUAACAUUGUUAAACUUUUUUUGAAUUAUUUGUUGACUCAAGAUAAAAGAAAACAAAAACAAUAGUUUUAAUUAUAGUAAGUUUUAAGUUUAUAAAUGUACGUAUAAAAAAAUAUACAAAGAAAAAGAAAUAAAUAAAUUUUUUACCAAACAAAAACA